CGCGGGCCUAGCCGGGCGCGGAGCCUGAGCCUAGCGUGAGGCCGGCGGCCGGCGGGGCGCGAUGUGGCUGCUCCUGCGGGGCGUAGUGGCGCGGCGGGCCGCCCUGCCACUCAUUGGAGGCGCUUUCCGGAGCGGCGGCGGCGGACCUCGCGCGGGGUGGCCCUUGUGGCGGCUGGGCGUGGGGCUGGGCCUGGCGGUGACCGCCGUAGCCCGGCCGGAGGGGGACAACGAGGAGCGGCCGCCGCCCAGAGAAGCGGCCUUCCAGCGCGCCGUCGCCCGGAGCAGGGACCUCCUCCAGCGGCUAAAGGACCAAGUGGGGGUCCCCGGCGUGGUGGUUGGCGUGUCCGUGGACGGGAAAGAGGUCUGGUCGGAAGGUAUAGGUUACGCUGACCUGGAAAACCGUGUGCUCUGCAGUCCAGAGACUGUCCUACGAAUUGCCAGCAUUAGCAAAUCUCUGACCAUGGUUGCUGUUGCAAAGCUGUGGGAAGACGGGAAGCUGGAUUUAGAUGCUGCUGUGCAGAAGUAUGUUCCGGAAUUUCCUGAAAAAGAAUAUGAAGGUGAAAAGGUCACUAUUACCUCAAGGCUGCUUGUAUCACAUUUAAGCGGUAUUCGCCACUAUGACAAGGAUAUUACUAAAGUCAAAGAAGAAAAAGAAAAGGCCAACAGAAAAGCCACAAGGACUGCAGCUUCUGCUGCAAAGGAGAAAGAAGACAAAGACACUGAAAAGAGGGACUUGGCCAAAGGCAAGCCAGAACAGGAAGGCAAACAUGCAAAAAGUGGAAGGAAGAAAAGGGAGUUUGAGCAUGAAGAGUAUUAUUUGAAGGACAAAUUUGAGCAUGUGAUUGACUCACUGAGCAUCUUUCAAAAUGAUCCUUUAUUCUUUAAACCAGGUAGCCAGUUUUUGUACUCGACUCACGGGUUCACUCUCCUGAGCGCUGUGGUGGAGAGAGCCUCAGACCAGAAGUUCACCGACUACAUGCUGAAGAUAUUUAGCGACUUGGACAUGGGAUCCACGGGGUUGGAUGAGAAUGAGCCUCUGAUAUACAACAGGGCAAGGUUUUAUAUUCACAACCAAAAAGGCCACCUUGUCAACGCCCCCUAUGUGGAUAACUCUUACAAGUGGGCUGGGGGUGGCUUCGUGUCCACCGUGGGUGACCUUCUCAAAUUUGGAAAUGCCAUGCUCUACAGUUACCAGCUUGGACAGGUGAAGAAUCCAGCGGCUGGACUUCUUCCUGGUUAUCUCAAGCCUGAGACGAUAGCAACGAUGUGGACCCCAGUCCCAAGCACAAGAGUCUCCCAGGAGAGUGAUUGGGCCUAUGGAAUGGCCUGGGCCGUCGUAGAGAAGAAACAGGAAUGCGGCCACUGCAAAGAGCAGCGACACUAUGCCUUCCACACUGGCGGGGCGGUGGGAGCAAGCAGCGUCCUACUCAUCCUUCCUGAAGAAUUGAGUUCUGGGGCGCCCAGCGGUAGCUGCCUGGCCCCACCCCGUGGCGUGGUCGUCACAAUUAUUUGUAACAUGCAGUCUGUUCACCUUGAUGGCAUUGCCUUAAAAAUUGCUAAGGAAUUUGAAAAGGACAGGUUAGCACAACGCUCUGAUCAACGGUUGGAGAGGAAAUAUGGAAGGUUGAAUGAUUACAAGCCUCUGUAGCCCAGGCGGCCUGCCCCUCCCUCGCUUUUUAAGUGGGUAGUGCAGCAUUAGGUCUGAUCACUGGUGGGAUAAGCAGUCCUUCAUUGAGGGGGCAGGAAUGGAGAGUUUUUCUGAUUCAAGUAACCAAAUACAUGUGCCAAUCGGACUGUUUGCCUCCCCUUCUGCAAAUUAUGAAGCACGGAAUGGAUGCUUGGAAACCUCCUUGCUCUCUUAGCUAAAGGCAGAGAGUCUUCGCUUUCAAAAUGGGAAUGGGGAGUUUUGUGCUGCAGUGAAGAAGUUUUGCUCUUGGAGAAUUGCAGCCCUGAACAGAGAGGGCUGUUGCUCAUCUGGCAAGGUUUGGAUCUCCAGAAUCCUUUGCAAGGGUGAUCCCACCUGGAAGACAUCUUCAGCCAAACAGUGAAUAAAACUGCUUCCCCUCACGGCUAAGGCACUCACUGAUGGAGGCCACUCCAGCAAUAUGCGAAAUUGAUGCAGAAAACCACACUGCCAACUCCAUGGAAUCGGCUGUCCAAGAUAACUUCAAGCCCCAGAGCAGGUGCUGGCAUUAGAAUUCUGCUUGGUGGGUUACUAUUUUUUUAAUAACUUGCUGCCAGCUUAGGCAACAGAUUGUGACCAUCUAAUAUUGGAUUCCCUUUUCUCAAAAACAGACAAUAAAAACAAGCGUUUUAAAACUUUUCCGGGCUGUUUACAAAGGCUGCAAUUUUAUAUGUGUUAAGCUCUGUUAAGGGGACUGUUGAGCAGACAGGUAAAUGCAAGUUAAAGACCUUUUCUCUGGGAAUUUUUUAAAUCAAACUCUGCACUUUCAAAUUCGUAUUCAAGCUGUCUCUCUCAUACAGGGGGUUCUCUUUCAGAAACUUUGUAUCCCAGAAUUUCCUGGAGGUUUAUUGCACUGUAUAUAGGCAUCCAUUAUCCGUUUUCUGUUUUAUUAAACCUGUCAAUUCCCUUUAUAUUAUUUUGGAAUUAGGAAAACUAACCAAUACUUGGAUGAUCUUGGCAGUGAAUUUUACUCUGAAAUUUGUCUUGGCUUUUUAGCAAAGACCCAACCUUGGUCUUGCAUAAAUGCUAGACUUGCAGUAAAGAUUUGGAUUAAAAUUAAAGGGAUUAAUUCAGCAACUAGUGCAGAGAAGGUAGAUUUUGAAGAUGAUGAUCUGUUUUCCUCCUCUGUUCCAUAGUGGGUGGUUAAUGAGAAAUACAUUCUAUUCCACCUUUGAAAUAUGGAAUGAUCUAUUAGUGGUGUUGGUUGAAGUGCCAAAUAAUCAUAUUUUCCCACAUCUUGCUUUUAAAAAGCUGGACAAAUGGUAGUUAAACCCCGUUUGACUUGGGGGAUCGACCAUUUGCUUAUGUUGGCUGCUGAUAAUGUAAAAUUGUAUUUAGAUUUUUUAAAAACCGGAUCAGCUUCCGUUAAUCAAUAAACACUUUAUAAUGUUUGCACUGUU